CGAUUAACUGCGGAACAAAUAUUCGCUAUUAGAUAAGCGAUUAACUCACGGGCUAUCAGGAUAAAAAGUUUAUACGAUAGUAAGAUAAUAAGAAAUAAGUUGUUAUAAAUAAUAAUUUAUUAAAUGCAUUUAAAGAAUCCAUGUACACUAAGCAGAAAAAUAUUUGCGCGAAGUUUAAAACGUUGAGCGCUCGAGUGUGCAAAAUUCUCUGUUUACUUUUUUCAUGAUGAGAGAGGAAUACGAUCGGACUAAUGUUCCACGAUAUUCGCGAAUUGAACGAAUGGCGCUGCGGCGGCCAUGUCGAUAAAGCAAGUAUCGUCCUUCGCGCUCGCUGGGCCCCGUUUUCCAAAAGUUCGCGAUUUUGUCGAGAAAUCGCGAAAAUUUCAGACAAAAAUUUAUCCAGUCGUGCUUCAGACAAGUCUCGGUUACGCAGGAGUGUCGAAAAAAAAAUCCCGUUCCAAGUACGCGGACGAUCGAUCAUCGUUCGGAUCACGCCGACGCCAGUGGUGCGACGCGACGCUACUGCCGAUCCUGUCGGCCACGACUACUGCCACGAUGGCCGAGGAAGCUGACACAAACGAUAACGCGGCGAUGGAAAGUAUAACGCAAAACAUAGCGGAGGUGCGUACUUGUGCGGCUAUUAAUGGGUUUGGUGAGCCACGGCGAUCGGCGACACUGGUCGGUGGCACCGGUGACGGCGACGGCGGCGACGGCAGCGACGGCAUACCGACCACGACGACAGGCCAGGUGGGCGUGAUACAGUUCCAGGCGUCGCAGGUGAUCGCGCGGCUGGAGCGCGCGGUGGAACGGGGGGCCGACGGCGGUGGCACCACGUGGAACAACCCCUCGGGUUUCCUGACGCAGCCAAAGAAGCCGGACGAGAUAUUGGUGUUGAUACAGGAUUUGGUAGUUCACGAGGACGCCCCACUCCCAGUCGAGGCAGGAUCCACGGACUUGCCGAUCAGUCAGAUCACCGCUCUGCCAGUUCUAACCGAGGCGGCGAAAUUGGCCUUAGUCACGCACGCUGUUUCGGCUUACGCGGUAGCGCUACCAAAAUCACACGCGCAGAAACUCGCAGGUCGUCUCGCAGCUGACACAACAAGAUGGCUCAGUCACAUCUUCCGGUUCGUCGACUGUGCGUCCUCUUUCCACGACGAUCACCUCGAGGGGCUGGUCAGGGUGACGCGACUCGCCCUACAUCGAAAAUACCCUCGGUACAUGGAGGAGGGUUUUACCGCGCUCGUUUCUCAGCCUCCCUUGAUUUACAGUUCCGUCGCCGCACCCAUGGGCGUCGUUCAGCAUUUAUGCAGACAGCUCUCUUUGCCACUUCAUUGCAUAAGACCAAUCCCACAUAACACUAUGUUCGGUUCGAGACAUACUAUGGAUGUCUCAGCACUGGAACGACGUUUAGCAGAAGACACUCAGUCAAACAACGUAACGCCGUUGCUAGUCCUAGCCGAAGCUGGCUCGGUAUUGACCGGCCAUUGCGACAAUAUUACGCGAUUACGAGCGAUAUGCGACAAAUAUAAUGUCUGGCUGCAUCUCAGAGGGCAUUCGUUAGCUGCGCUCGCGUUGAAUAAUUCGGCGAAAGAUCUGCCAUCGAAAAUAGCGGACAGCAUUACAUUACCUCUUGGAACGUGGCUUGGUAUACCGUCGCUACCGGUGGUCACAUUGUACAGAUUAGCAGAUAUUAAAGGGGGAAGGCCUACUCCGAGAGAUACUACUAUAUCGUUAGUUUCAGGAUUAAUGGCAGAUUCCCUCUCGAGACGACUACCGACUUUGCCUUUGUGGACCGUUCUGCAGGUUUUAGGUCGAGACGGUGUACAUAAUAGAUUUAAAAGGUGUUUCUUGGCUGUGGAAGAAUUGUAUAAUAAAAUUAAAGAGUUCUCUUGUAUUAGAAUAUUGAGUCAACCGCCAGGCGGCGAAACGGAAUCCUACACUUUAAGCGAUUAUCUAGCAAACCCCGUAAAUAAUUUACAGUUAUUUGAAGUAGUAGCGAACGCGUUAGUUUUCCAAUUCGUAUCUACGAAUAAGGAUCUUCAAGCCACGGAUCGCGUGCUGCCUUAUUACGAUAAGUUGAACUCCUGGUUGGGACAGAUUCUACAAAGGGAUAUUGACAAUAUACAAAUAGAACUUUGUGAUAUAGAACAAUGCGGUGUCGCGAUUCGCAUCUGUCCGUUGGAGAAUCCCGAUCAGCCGCCUACAUCCGAAGAUAUAGACAAUUUAGUAACCUGCCUGGAGCAACAAAUAGAAAUAUUGUUAGCGACAGUGGAACAUAAAGACACCUUUGUACGUUUAGUCUCGGAGAAUGAUUCUUUACAUUUAGUGGAAAUGCCAGGUUGGGCUGGUCUGGGAGGUGUGCGUUAUGCUCCACCUACUUGGAUUCACGUUAUGACCGAUCAGGCGAGGGAGGAGUUGAACAAACUGAAUAUGCAAUUGGUUGAAACUCUACGCAGUACGGAUGCCGCAUUUUCCCUCGGGGAAGGCGCGGAUGGUCUAGCUUGCGUAAGAUUUGGCAUGGUAACACAGGAAACAGACGUGGCCGAACUAUUGUCUUUAGUCUUGCAAGUUGGCCAGGAGGUGGAGGCUAGUUCUAAAAUGAUGGAUACCAUCUCUGAAGUAGUUAAGAGAGGUAUCGAGACGGCUCAAACGGAUCUGGAGAGAGAAAACGCGGAGAAGUUAUGGCAAGAGGGUAUUCUCAGACAUGUUCCUGUAGUAGGAACUUUUGUCAAUUGGUGGAGUCCUAUUUCGAAGGAAACGGGCGUUCGCGGCCGUAGUCUAAAUUUGCAAGCUGGUGUCGUAGAGAGUACGGAAAAUAUCUACAAGUACCACAUGCAAUUGCAACCUAAUUUCACGAACAGUAACGGUUCCGGCGCCAGAACUCCGCCUCAACCGUUGGUACAAACGCCAGUCGGUGCUAACAGUCAAAGUCACAGUCGAUCGUCAAGUCAUUCUAGCUUGCAAAGCGGUAAGAAUGUACCUCUAAUAAGCAAUGUCAGUUCCCAGCCCCAGGUGAAGGAGGAAUCUGUGCAAACAAAAUCGUAGUAAACGAAUUAUUUCGAUGAAUCGAGGACCCGUCGUUCCAGGUUGUUAAAUUUGAAAUAAGAACAAUGCUUUCCAAACGUGAAACGCUAAGACGUUACCCUGUAGGAGGUAUGAACUUUAGCAAAAUAUUAGACCGUAACUUGUAUAGCUUAUCGAUUGGGUUAAUAGAACGAGGUGCGAGCGACUCUUUAAAUUUAUUCUGCUACUGAUACUUUUGACUGGCUAUUUCUCGCCGAAGAUAUUUCUUGCUUUUAUGUAUCUAAGCAACAUCUCCGCCAUCUUUCUCCGCAAAAUUUCGUAACAUUUCGCUGUUAUUCGUGCUAUUAAGCGAGCAUGAUUUAAUCAUGGGAUGGCCCAUGUACUUACUAGACUGAUUACGUAGCAGUGUCGCUUUUAUAAAUUCAUAUAUAAUAGUUUUACUGAAAUAUCUCUUGCGGCAUAAUGGCCAGAAUGAAACAAUCUCUUCUAAUCCUUUAUUAUCCUUUUCUUGUACUUUAUUAAUAGUAAUUCGCUAGCUAAUAUAUUUCCCAUAGAAAAGAAUAUAUUGUAAGAAAUUAUUUAUAUAUAUAUAUUGUUGAAUAGUAUAAAGUUUUUUUUGUAUAAUAUUCUUCAUUUUUAAUAUUAGCUUGCUAGCCUGAGAUGCUUGCAUUCAAUUUUUUUGUUAUUACAAAUUAUUUAGAAACUUCUAAAGAAUUUCUAUUCUUUAUUCGCAGAUUUUUUAUCUUAAAAUUGCUUGUUAAUUUUGAAAUGAAUAGUUCGCACUCGUUAAGUUUUACGUCUUCAUCUGUAAACACAAUACUGCAAGUAAAAUGUAAUAAGAAAAUAUAUAUAGUGCGUCUAUGCAUUAAAAAUAAGCUAUACAUAUAUAUAUAUAUAUAUGUACAUUUUACCAUUUACAAAGGAGAUUUUGAAGAACAUACUUGAAUGAAAAUACAAUAGGAAAAGCAUUCUAAUAUUCGAAAGCUGUAAACAACUCGCCAAAGAAAUAUUAUUAUAUAUUCACACAAAAAGAAGAUCCGUAUUGUUGCUCUUCUAGUAUAUAAUCCCGAUGAUGACACCAGGAAAACUAUUUCAAUGAAUAAGAUCAUUAAAUAAGUUAUACUGCAUUAGAUUAUUCGUAAAUUGUUGAAAAAUAUCGAAAAUGCAAAUAAAUCAAGCAGUAUGUAUAUUUAUGUACCAAACUUGUAAUAAAAAGCAUUGCUAAUGAAUAAAUAAUAUAAAAUAAUAUAAGAAA